GAGGCAAGGGCAGGUGAGCAGCUGCUACAGCUCAGGCAGGGCCCUGGAGACGGGGCUGGCUGUCCCUGAUUUUGCUCCUGCUGGAACCAGGCUUGUGUUGAUGGGCUAGCUGUGAACUCUGGUCUCCUCUGGAAGCCACUGUGCCAGGAGUGAGAUGCCACGGGGGCAAGCUCGAGAAGAAGACAGCGUGGUGCUGAUCGACAUGACCUCCCCUGAAGCAGGGAAUGGAUGUUCCUAUGGGAGCACAGCCCAAGCCUCAGAGGCAGGUAAACAGCAGGUGGCCCCCAGCAGAGUUGGGAGCUCUGCCAAACCCCCAAUUGAUUUUGUUCUUGUUUGGGAAGAAGGCCUGAGGAACCAAGAGAACCCCACAAAGGACAAGACAAACACACACGAGGUCUGGCGGGAGACUUUUCUGAAGAAUCUUUGCUCAACUGGCCUGAAAAUAGAUCAGCAUGAUGUCCAGGAUGAAGCCACUGCAGUUCAUUAUAUCCUCCUCCGCGCACCCUGGGCUGUGCUCUGCUACUAUGCCGAAGACCUGCGCCUGAAGCUGCCUCUGCAGGAGUUACCCAACCAGGCUUCCAACUGGUCAGCCACCCUUCUGGAGUGGCUGGGCAUCCCCAAUAUCCUGCUGGAGCACGUGCCCGACACGCCCCCCGAGUAUUACUCCUGCCAGUUCAAAGCAAGCAAGCUGCAAUGGUUCCUUGGGAAUGACAACCAAGACACCUUCUUCACCAGUACCAAGAGGCAUCAGAUUCUAUUUGAGAUCCUGGCCAAGACUCCAUAUGGCCACGAGAAGAAAGGCCUGUUUGGGAUUGACCAGCUGCUGGCAGAAGGAGUAUUUAGUGCAGCCUUCCCACUGCAUGAUGGCCCAUUCUCUGCAGUCCCAGAGAGCUCACAGGUCCUGGGUCUCACCCAGCGCCAAGUCUUAUUCCAGCACUGGGCUCGCUGGGGCAAGUGGAACAAGUACCAGCCAUUGGACCAUGUACGAAGGUACUUCGGGGAGAAGGUGGCUCUCUACUUCGCCUGGCUUGGGUUUUACACUGGUUGGCUCCUGCCUGCGGCAGUAGUGGGCACAGUGGUCUUCCUGGUGGGCUGUUUCCUGGUGUUCUCAGACAUACCAACGCAGGAGCUGUGUCACAGCUCGGACAGCUUCGACAUGUGCCCGCUGUGCUCCGACUGUUCUUUUUGGCUGCUCUCCAGUGCCUGCACCCUGGCCCAGGCUGGGCGGCUCUUCGACCAUGGCGGCACUGUCUUCUUCAGUUUGUUCAUGGCACUGUGGGCGGUGCUGCUUCUGGAGUACUGGAAGCGGAAAAACGCCACGCUGGCCUACCGCUGGGACUGUUCGGACUAUGAAGACAUUGAGGAGAGGCCUCGGCCCCAGUUCGCUGCAAUGGCCCCCAUGACAGCCUUGAACCCCAUCACGGGGGAAGAUGAGCCCUACUUUCCUGAGAAGAAUCGUGUACGCCGCAUGCUGGCUGGUUCUGUGGUGCUCUUGAUGAUGGUGGCUGUGGUGAUUAUGUGCCUUGUAUCUAUCAUCCUGUACCGGGCCGUCAUGGCUAUCAUUGUGUCCAGGUCAGACAACGCCUUCCUCUCUGCCUGGGCUUCACGGAUUGCCAGCCUCACAGGGUCAGUGGUGAACCUUGUCUUCAUCCUCAUCCUCUCCAAGGUCUAUGUGAUCCUGGCCCAGGUCCUAACAAGAUGGGAGAUGCACCGGACGCAGACCGAGUUUGAGGAUGCCUUCACCCUCAAGGUGUUCAUCUUCCAGUUCGUGAACUUCUACGCCUCGCCCGUGUACAUCGCCUUCUUCAAGGGCAGGUUUGUGGGAUACCCAGGCAACUACCACACCUUGUUCGGAAUCCGAAAUGAGGAGUGUCCAGCUGGAGGCUGCCUCAGUGAGCUGGCACAGGAGCUCCUAGUCAUCAUGGUGGGCAAGCAGAUCAUCAAUAACGUACAGGAGGUUCUUGUCCCAAAGCUGAAAGGCUGCUGGCAGAAGUUCUCCAGGGGCAAGAAGGCUGGCGCGGGGACCCAUCCAGCACCUUGGGAGGCCGACUAUGAGUUGCUGCCUUGUGAGGGGCUGUUUCACGAAUACCUUGAAAUGGUGCUGCAGUUUGGAUUCGUCACCAUCUUCGUGGCGGCCUGCCCGCUGGCGCCGCUUUUUGCCCUACUCAAUAACUGGGUGGAGAUCCGCCUAGAUGCGCGCAAGUUCGUGUGCGAGUAUCGGCGCCCAGUGGCGGAGCGCGCCCAGGACAUCGGCAUCUGGUUCCACAUCCUAGCCGGCCUCACACACCUUGCGGUCAUCAGCAAUGCCUUCCUGCUGGCUUUCUCCUCCGACUUCCUGCCACGUGUCUACUACAGCUGGACGCGUGCCCCUGACCUGCAUGGCUUCCUCAAUUUCACGCUGGCACGAGCACCGCCCACUUUCACCUCCGCACACAACCGCACUUGCAGGUACCGGGCUUUCCGAGAUGAUGAUGGACACUAUUCCCCGACUUACUGGACUCUCCUGGCCAUCCGCCUGGCCUUUGUCAUCGUGUUUGAGCAUGUGGUGUUCUCCAUCGGCCGUUUUCUGGAUCUCUUGGUUCCUGACAUCCCAGAAUCCGUGGAGAUCAAGGUGAAGCGGGAAUACUACUUAGCUAAACAAGCACUGGCUGAGAAUGAGGCUCUCCUUGGAGCAACAGGAGCGAGAGAUGACCAGCCUCCAAGUUCAGAGCCCAGCCCGGGUCUUCCAGCCUAGGGGGGGGGCUCUUUGGACUGGCGACCACCUCCCCUCCUUCUCUGAGGUCACAGUAGGGGUUACCGGAGGCUGACACACUUGUCUGGAAGACUGUUGAAGAUGCGUCAGUUCACUACUGUGUGUCUUUUGGAGACCAUGGUCCUGGCCCCAGCUCAACUCAUCUCCACCCUUGGUUUAGAAUAACCCUUGGCUGCCACAGUCCUGUGCUCACAUGUUCUGCUCGGUCACUACCCUUGCUACAUGUUCCUUAAGACUACCCAUUUGGAGCAGUGUUUAGAGAGCUAUCUGCUGGCCUUAGGGGCUAUCCCCUACUGCCAUUCCUAAGUCCAAUGAGCCAACAACUUGUGUCUCAUUCCCCUCCCAAUCCCCACACCCAUAUCUCAAGGCAAAAGGUCUGUCUGAAAUGCUGGCUUCUGUGGCUCUCAGUUUUGCUGACCAUUAUACUCAGAAUCUUGUUCUUCCUUUGCUUCACCUAUCCUGUCCC